UGGCAAUAUCCAUAGGGCAUUAGGGCUCGUACAACCUAAAACGGAGUGACAUGAUCAAAUACGCCGACCCGCAUGUCAUUAAUAUCCAUUCCCAGGCUGAAAUCGGCAAUAUCAAAUCCCAAUUAACGAAAUUGCUUGGCUUCUACGUGUGGAGUUCGUCCAUGGAGAUGCCGAACACAGAUUUCAUCGGCGGAGAAAAAACAUUCAACUUCUCGAAUUUUGAUCCAUCAUCUUUGGAAGGAAAAACAAGCGAUGAUAGCAACCAUAGCACCAUAUCGAGCGAGGAAAUACCACCGGUGUCACAUGAAACAUUGGGAAGCGACGGCGACGACGACGCCGAAAGUUUCAACAGUGAGGAUUAUGCCGGAAGCAGGAGCGAGUAUGAGAGUGAAGAAGCUUGGAAGGAGACGAAGGUGUACAUUAGACGGUUGGUUGAGUCUCAGGGUUUUGAUGUCCCCCCUGUACCAGAUGGUAUCCAAUUUGGCGCAGUAUAUCCACUCUAUACAGAGGAGGCUUUGGAGGAGGAUUCUGAGGAGGACUCAGAGGAGGAUCCAGAGGAGGAUUCAGAUGACGAGGAUCAGUAUCCAUCUCAUUAUAGCUCCGUGAAGGAUUACACCUCAAUGGCCAUUGAUCAGUACAAUGCUGAUAACAAUGCAAAGUUGGAACUAGUGCGGAUCAAGAAAGUAAACUAUGGACUUUGUUGUGGUUACAAUUACUAUAUAACCAUCCUUGCCAAAGACACCAUUUCGGGAGAGGUGAAGACUCUUCAAGCCAAGGCUUACCAUUGCAUAUUCAAAGCAGAUAGAAGUUUGACUUUCGUGAGAUUGGCACCAGGACAGCAAUGAUUAGCCAAUUCAAGUCCGAAUGAGAAUAGUAAAUUUGAGCUGCUGGAGAAUGAUGUUUGAGCUGAUGCCAUUGAUCUGCAAAUGUUUUAAUUACUUGUGGUGCGAUAGUGUCUGAGCUGCAAAUAAUUGGAACUGCCCAUUGAUGUAAGCGAUAUAAGGAGAACUUCAAGGGUACUAUGGAGGAAUCUUGCUACUAUUAUAUUAUUAGUAUAUUAUUAUUAUUAUUAUUAUUAUUAUUAUUAUUAUUAUGAUUAUUAUUAUUAUUAUUAUUAGUAAAAUUAUGAACAUUACCACCACCGCACCACGGUCCACGGGUCUACCAUCACCAUGGGCAUCAUUGUUAUUAUUAUUGGUAGCGUCACCAUUAUUAUUAGAGCA